AUGACCGAAAAGAAGAACGAGACAGUGAGUCUCAGAGAGGCAAGCAUGGCUUCAUUCGAGGAGACAAAAGUCGAACUUAUCGACGAGGACACGGACGAUAUUGGAGCCAAAUACAUCCAUCUGAUUAAGGACGGGUACACCAAGAAGGAGCUCAAAUGGGCCAAACUUAAGGUCGACUUAAACCUGGUGCCAUUCUUGUGGCUAAAUGUUUCAAUUGCUGCUAUGGAUAAGGUCACUUCCUCGACGGCUGCGUUGUACGGUCUUAAAACUGACCUCCACCUAAAAGGUGACGAGUACAGCUGGAUUGGAUCCUCGUUCUACUUUGGGUACCUGAUCUUCUGCUUUCCAGCGGGCUGGUUAUUGCAGAGAUUCCCGCUCAUCACUGUUGGUUCUGUUGCGUUUGUUAUUUGGGGCUGUAUUCUUAUUGGUUCAGGGUUCUGUAAGUCGUUUGUUCCGAUGAUUGUGACCCGUGUUUUGCUCGGGAUGUUUGAGUCGCCCGUGGUUGCCAUGACGUUGCUGGUGAUUUCUGGGUUCUACACAAGAGAAGAGCAGCCGCUCAGAACAGGACUCAUGUACACGGGACUCUCCACGAUCUUCACGGGUCCUAUUGGGUAUGCUGUUGGAGGCUACAAGGAGCACUGGUUCCAGCCAUGGCGGUCUUUCUACUGGAUUACCGGCGGAAUGUCCAUCGCUUGGGGAAUAAUUAUCUAUUUCCUGCUUCCAAGCAGUCCAGUCAACUGUUUCUGGCUUUCUGAGAAGGAAAAGGCCAUCAUUAUCCAUCAGGUGAAAAAGAACCAAACAGGUAUCAAGUCGGAGCACUGGAAAUGGAGCCAGUUCAGAGAAGCGUUGCUGGACCCAAAGGUGUGGGCCAUGUUCUGGUUCCAGAUCUUUAUUUCCAUUCCUAACGGUGGUCUUACCAACUUCUCGCCGCUUAUCGUGAAAGGACUGGGUUGGUCGUCCAGAUACUCUGCUUUGCUCGGAACCGUCAACGGAGUGAUGCAGACGGCUUCUUCUUGGAUGACCACGUUCAUGAUCUACUUCAUCGAGAGAAAAUGGCCCAACUCCAAGGCCAGAGGUCUGGUCAUGAUCGGAAACCUGAUUCCGGCCCUGGUUGCAACCAUCUUGCUGUACACGCUUCCGUUCUCCAACGCCAAAGGCCGGCUGAUCUCCAUGUACUUCGCGUUCUUCUACCUCGGCCCGUACAUUGCUUCGCUGACUCUGAUCCAAGCAAACACGGCCGGCUACACGAAGAAAGUCACGUGCAACGCCAUCUACUUUGUUGCGUACUCGGUGUCCAACAUCAUUGGCCCGCAGUUCUUCAAAGAGAGCCAGGCUCCGCAGUAUCCGCUAGGAAUUGGCUCUAUUUUCGGAGCCUACGCACUCAGUGUGAUCUCGCUAGUCAUAUAUAUGUUGCUGUGCUACUGGGACAACCGCAGAAGAGAGGCCAAGGAUCCGGGCGGACUCAAGGCCGAGGAUCACCAGGAUACCGACUUCAAGGACCUCACCGACCUGCAAAACGUCCAUUUCCGGUACAAGUGGUGA